AGCAUUGGAGCCGAUGUGAACCAAAAACUAUUCAGGGGUUUCGCGACAACAGCAGCAGUGAGGGAGGGCCACCUUGAGAUUUUGGAGAUCUUAGUUAAAGCUGGUGCUUCUCAGCCAGCUUGUGAGGAGGCAUUGUUAGAGGCAAGUUAUCAUGGUCGUGCAAGGCAUGUGGAGUUGCUCAUGGAAUCUGACCUGAUUCGUCCUCAUAUUGCAGUGCAUUCUCUUGUCACUGCAUGCUGCAGAGGGUUCAUGGAUGUGGUAGAUGCUCUCAUUAAGUGUGGAGUGGAUGCAAAUGCAACUGAUCGGGUGUUGCUCCAAUCUUAUAAGCCUUCUCUACACACAAAUGUUGACUGUACUGCACUCGUGGCUGCUGUUGUGAGCAGGCAGAUCUCUGUGGUCCAUUUGUUGCUACAGGCUGGUGCCAGAACAGACAUCAAAGUGCAACUAGGGGCAUGGUCAUGGGAUACAGCUUCAGGCGAAGAGUUUAGAGUGGGCGCAGGACUAGCAGAGCCCUAUGCCAUCACCUGGUGUGCGGUGGAAUAUUUUGAACACAGUGGUGCUAUCUUACGUAUGCUCCUCCAAGUAGUCUCCCCCAACACCCCACACUAUGGAAGAACCCUCCUGCACCAUGCCAUUCUCUGUGGCAAUAUAGGAGCUGUUAAUGUGGUAUUGGGUUGUGGUGCACACGCAGAAGCCCCUGUUAAAACAACACAGAAAACUAUGUUCCGUCCAAUACACAUGGCUGCCCGGCUUGGAUUGUCGACAAUACUUCAAUGCCUAAUUGACUAUGGCUGUGAUAUGAACUCAAUGACAGACACUGGUGAGACAGCUCUGAUGAUCUGUGUAAAAUAUAAGAGGGAAGAGUCCCUCAAAGUAUUGGCCACAGCUGGUGCUGAUUUUGGUUUGGUCAAUAUAGCCGGUCAAUCUGCAUUGUCAAUCGCAGGGUCAAGCCAAUGGUCUCUUGGGUUUCAACAAGCUGUGCUAGAUGUAAUUAGGGCUGGAAUAGUUCCCAAAUCGAGUAAUGUGUCCAUUUUUUCUCCUCUAAUGUUCAUAGCUAGAUUGGGUGAUAUUCAAGCCUUGAAAGCUCUAAUUGGACAGGCUGAAAUUGAUCUUGACCAUCAGGAUGAUAAAGGUUUCUCUGCAGUCAUGGUUACUGCAAUGGAAGGUCAUGUUGAAGCUUUUCGCUUGCUUGUCUAUGCUGGGGCUGACGUGAAGCUGUGUAACAAAUCUGGCGAGACUGCUAUAACCCUAUCUGGAUUCAAUCAAAACCGUGAUUUGUUUGAGAAAGUAAUGCUUGAAUUUGUUAUUGAAAAGGGUAAUCGUAAUGGUGGAGGUUUUUACGCCCUACAUUGUGCAGCUCGCCGUGGAGACUUGGAUGCAGCGAGAUUGUUGGUGCAUAUAGGUUAUGACAUAAAUUUCCCUGAUGGGGAUGGCUACACACCACUCAUGUUGGCUGCAAGGGAAGGCCACGGAAGCACGUGCGAGCUCUUGAUUUCAUAUGGAGCACGUUGUGAUUUAAGGAAUGCAAAAGGUGAAACUGCACUUUCACUUGCAACAAAGAAUGGUGGUGCGAAGAAUGACGCAAUACGGGUGAUAAUGGAUGAGCUUGCUCGCAAGCUGGUGUUGAGUGGUGAUCUUGUGCUGAAGCAUAGGAAGGGUGGGAAAGGAUCUCCACAUAGUAAAGUUAUUAAGAUGGUGGAGGCUACCGGGGUGUUGAGGUGGGGGAAUUCAAGCCGAAGAAAUGUUAUAUGCCGGGAGGUUGAGGUGGGACCAAGCUUGAGUUUUAAGAGGCUGAGGCAGAGGAAGGGUGAUGCGGGUGAGCCUGGAGUGUUUCGGGUGGUGACGACGAAGAACAAGGAAGUGCAUUUUGUGUGUGAAGGUGGAUUUGAGAAGGCAGAGCUGUGGGUGAGGGGAAUAAAGCUAGUGACAAGAGAUGCUAUAUUUGGUAUAAAGAAAGUGGAAACAUAAUGGAAUAGAAGGUUCAUAAUUAGGAAGUAAAGUAUGUAGAUGUUUUGGGUAGUACUUUGUCUCGAAGUACUUGGGAACUAUUCGUCUUCAUUGUAAAAAUUUUGAAUUUACCCUAGUUGUAAAUGGAUUUUGGAAGUAAAAGCAAAUGUAUUCUUCAAAACAGAAUCUUUAGGAUUUGUUUACUAAUAUAUGUUGGUUAGUGGGUUCAGUCA